GCCGAUUUUUCAUCGCCAGCAAGCGACAAGGCGUUUCGGGCCUGGCAUCUGCAGAUUUCAGAUGCUGCUGCGUCGGGCAUUGAGCCAUGGGUGGUCCCCUGGCACAGCGUGGCUGAGAUGCAUGAGUGUGGGCAGGAGCCGCCAGCCAUUCCAGGAGCUGCUCCUGCCAAUCGAGAUCAAGACCGAGGUAGGUGUGCAGACAGACAGACAGAGCACCACACACACAAUUAUGCACUCACACAGAGGUUGACAAGUGCUUGCUUGGUCUGUCGAUCAGUUCCCAGGUCCAGAGUCAGAGAGGCUCAAGGCCGAGUAUGACCAAAUCGGAGGAGGUCAGCACAUAAAUGCCGCAGAGAGGAGAGAGGGAGGGAGGCAUCGUGUGUGUGUGUGUGUGUGUGUUCGUGUGUCCCGCAUGGCUGGCUACUGCUGUAACAUCCGUCCAUCCACCAUGGCUGCAGGCGGAGGUGCGGUGAAGUUCUUUGUUGACUUCGAGUCGAGUCAGGGCAACUACCUGGUAGACGCCGAUGGGAACAGGAUGCUCGACAUGUACGGCCACAUCGCAUCCAUACCCCUGGUCAGUCAGUCAGUCACAUGAGACGAGAGAGACUAAAGCUGCUGUCUUGUGUUGUGUUGUGUUGUCUUGUGUUGUCUUGUGUUGUCUUGUGUUGUGUUGUGUUGUGUUGAUGUGUCAGGGUUACAACCAUCCCCGUCUGUCUGCGCUGUCUGAGCUGCCGCACAUGAAGACGCUGCUCGUCAACAGGGCUGCGCUGGGCCUCAUGCCGCCUAAGGACUUUGGAACCAAAGUACAGCACAUAAGACGAUAUGUGAUCGACUUGCCGUGUGUAUCAGUGUCUGUGUCUGUGUGUGUGUAGGUGAAGGACAUUCUGAUGAGUGUUGCGCCGCCUGGCAUGACCAAUGUGCGUGUGAAUGCACCGUACCCACCGAACCUGUGUGUGAGUCCUCCCUCUGUCACACACACAGGUGUGCACGAUGGCGUGCGGCAGCUGCGCCAAUGAGAAUGCAUACAAAGCAGGUAGGUCCAGCACGGCAACAUGUCUAGGCAGGGCAGUCAUCCUUUGCCUUUGGUCUUUUCUCUCCCUGUAUGUCAGCGUGCUUCGUCUACCAGAGCAGGCGGCGCGAGGCUGAGGGCCGCGGCAAAUGGGAAUACACGGAUGAGGACAAAGAAUCCACACUGGUAGACGAACGAAUGGCAGCAAAGAGAGACGGGUGGGUGUAGGCGGCAUCCCCUUUUGUGUGCGUCUUCUUCAGGUCGGCGAGCCUCCCGGCUCCCCUCAGCUGAGCAUCCUCUCCUUCAAAGGAGGUCAGUCUUUGCACAAGUCAUCUGAUGGAAGCUGGCCUCCUUCACGUGUGUGCAUGUGUCAGGGUUCCAUGGCCGCACGUUUGGCAGCCUGACGACAACGCACACAAAAGACACCCACAAACUGGACGUCCCCGGUAAGUUUCAAAGGGAAACACUGAGACACUUGGGGUGCGUGUAAAGAAUAACAUGCAUCAUCCAUCUCUUCUUGACUUGCAGCCUUCCCGUGGCCCGUUGCUGACUUCCCGAGACUCAAAUACCCACUGGAAGAGGUCAGAAACUGACCGCGCUGGAGAUCAUUCGCCGUUCGAUGUGUGUGUCUGGCAUCGGUCAGAACGUGGAAGCCAACAGAGCGGAGGAGGCACGGUGUCUGCAGACGGUGGAGGACCUGAUUGUCGACAGGGAGAAGCGCAACGACUGGCCUGUCGCUGCCGUGGUCGUCGAGCCCAUUCAGGUACCUACCUAGACACAGUUGAAUGAAGUGAUCUGACGGACAUACGUUUGUGUGGCUUCCUGGAUGCAAUGCAGUCUGAGGGCGGGGACCACCAUGCGUCUGCUGACUUCUUCCGAGGCCUCAGAGAUGUCACCAGACGGCAUGGAGUGGUAAGACAAGACACACAGGAUGAGCCAUUGAACGCAUCCUCGCUCUGUCUCCGUGUGUGUGCAGGCGUUGAUUGUGGAUGAGGUCCAGACGGGCGUGGCAGCCACAGGGCACAUGUGGUGAGUGGAUAAAGGGAUGACAAACACACGACAUGAAGAGUGUACACCUGCUUUCUGUGUACAGGGCUCACGAAUCAUGGAAUCUGACAGACCCGCCAGAUCUCGUCACAUUCUCCAAGAAAUCACAGGUAGGUUGGUAGGCAGAAACGGUCCCUGGCUAUCUGUGUGUGCGUAUGUGUGUGUGUGUGUGUGUGUGUGUCAGAUUGCUGGUCUGUACUUCACCGAUGCGUUCCGUCCCAAUGUCGGAUAUCGGAUCUUCAACACCUGGAUGGGCGACGCGGUCAGGCUGUACCAGUUCCAAGCCAUCCUCCAAACCAUCGAGGUAGGUGGGCAUGCGAGACGCGCAGCCCGGAUCACGUGUGUGCCUUUAUUGGCGUUGGUCAGAGCGAGAAGUUGCUGGACAACUGCCGCAAGACGGGCGAUGCGUUGCUGGCCGUCCUGCAGGAGGCAGCAGCGACCUACCCCUCUUUGCUCAAGAACCCCCGCGGUCAGGGCACCAUCUGCGCCGUCGAUGGCGUCGACACCGCCACGAGGGACACCAUUGUCGACAAAAUGAGGCACAAAGGCGUCCUGAUGGGUGAGUGAGAGAAAGGGCGAGAGGAUAGACAACGGCGCUUCUGAUGAUGAACCUUACGCUUAUGUGCAUGUGUGUUUGGAUGAGUGCAGGUGUGUGUGGGUCUCAUGCGCUUCGUUUCCGGCCGUCGUUGACCUUCUCCCCAUUGCACGUGCAGCAGUUCGCCCCUAUUUUCAUCAAAGUGCUCGAGGAGGUCGCAUCGGCGAAACCGUGACGGUCGUCUUUUUCUCGCGCGUGAGAUAUUUGUCGAUCGGUUCACACAUGCCAGCUGGCUGUAUUGUAGAAAGUAUGAAGCGUGUUGAUGUAUGUGAUGGCAUGGUGCAAGACCAAGACACACAGGCCUUUUGUCCACCCAUGCGUACGCACACGAGCGAGAGGCAGGCUGCUCAUGUAUGUCAUAUCACUCAACUCGUCGGAACGUCCCAAAUCGAUGCAUGUCUCGAUGACUGCAUGCCUUGCUUUGCAAAUCACAGGCGAA